GUCGGAUACCCACGUUCGACCCAUUCCGCUACUCUCCAUUUAUCGACCGUGGGACAAUACGAACUGUUUUCACCGUUUUAGGGUGUGUCAAAUCCAGUAAUUUCAUUGGAUCCCUCACGGUUUCAUGAGGGAUCCAAUGAUAUUUUUGACCAAUGAUACAACUCGUUCUUUAGAGACUUCGGGUUUGUUGUCAAAAUGGCGUCGUCCGUAGAAAUGGAUUUUCGUCGUGCAUGCGAAUACUUUAAAAUUGAGAAUUUAAACGACUUUCAGAGUAAAAGUAUCUCAAAUCUCUUAAAUGGGCGCGAUGUCUUUUUAAGCACUCGGACAGGUGGAGGGAAAAGCUUGGUGUAUCAGAUUUAUCAAUUUAUCAAAAGAGAACAGUGCACUGGCUGUCAAGUUGUUGUCGUUACUCCACUUUUGUCAAUAAUGAAAGAACAAUGUGAAUACCUGACUUCCCUCAGAUUCAAAGCUACGUUUAUCGGACGAGAUCCUAAUGAAGAAUCAGAUAUUUUAUCUGGGAUGCAUGACUUUAUUUAUUCUUCCCCGGAGAGUCUUCUUGGCGUUCAAAAGUGGAGGGACAUGAUGGCGAACAGUACUUCCAUUAAACUUAUUGUUGUGGAUGAGGCUCAUACAAUAAUACAAUGGGGAGAGGCAGACAGUGAGCAGGAGAAGGAGCCAUUUCGCGAGUGGUUUGGGAAGUUAGGAGAAGUUCGUUCUUUGGUCGAGUGUCCCAUCUUAUUAAUCACUGCCACGGCAAAUAAAGCUGCUCGAACUAAAGUGAAACAACUAUUUUGUAUGCAAAAAUGUUUUGAAAUUGUUGACAGUCCAGAUCGUCCAAAUAUCAAAUUAUUCUGUCAUAGGUAUACGGGAAGCUUGCCUCUUAGUUUAGUGUUCAAGUAUUUGGUAACUUCAAUCAAAGACAAGAAAGAAAAAAGUGAAAGAUACCUUAUAUUUUGUACAUCCAUAAAAAAUUGCACUGAUGUGUAUACAAUGUUAAGAAUGGAACUGGAUAAAGACAUAAACUAUGUGCAUAUGUAUCAUUCCCAGACUGCAGAAAAUGUCAAGGAGGUUAUAAAAAAAGACAUGGGACAUGCUGAUGGCUUGAUUAGACUGUUAGUGGCAACUAGUGCUGCUGGCAUGGGCGUUAAUUUUAAAGGGGUAAAUCAAGUAAUAAACUAUGGGGUUCCGAAGAACAUGGAUACUUUUGUUCAGCAGUUGGGAAGGGCAGGUAGAGAUGGAACUCAGGCUAUGGCACUUUUAUUAUAUUGUGGCAGACAGUGUAAAGGUAUUGAUAGUGAUAUGAAGAAUUACAUAAGUGAUGAUUCAAAAUGUCGCAGGAAUUUGUUAUUGAGUGCAUAUAAUACUGAUGUUAAUAAGGGCCUGCUAAAGCACUUGUGUUGUGAUAUUUGUGAACAACAAUGUGAUUGUGGUAGUCCGGACUGUAAAUUGUACGCCCAUCCUGUUGUUCAAGCUUUGACAGAGGACAUAUCUGAUGUUGAAACAAGCUCUUCUAGUUCAGAAAGUUCCAACAGCUUUAGUGAUUUUAGUUAAUGGAAUGGAUAUUAUUUGUAGACAUUUAGGCAUUACAUUUGUUCAUUUUAAUCCGUUUUCGGCAAUAAUAUGUGAUUAAUCAGGUAUGUCACCUGACAUAUACAAUGUACUGUAGCAACCUUAACACAUUUUAAUUGUUUUGGUACAUUUUCAUAUUAUUUUUGUUUGAAAGAAUAAAAUACUUUUUAUCAA